ACGACGACUGCUUGAUCUGCUCCAGUUCACCGUCAAGCACGCCUGGCACGACCGCUGGUCGGCGUUCUGGACUCUGCGCGACGUCUCAUGAAUGUACACGGAGGCAUGGGAAGCAGAAUGGGAACGGGUCUUGUGGAAGAAGAAGCCAUACCCUGACAACUAUGUUCCACGUUCGUUUCUGGCUUCACUCAGCAGGAAUCCCAACUUCCAGCCCUAUACUUAUCGCGAGCUUGUUAUUCUAUCGUGUCCCAUAAGCCAGCACCUCGCGAGCAUCUUCGUUUUCCUUGCUGUCUUCAUGAGACUUCAACAGCGGCUUUUGGAUCCUCGCGUUCUUGUUUGGCUAUCUGGCGGGGUGUUUCUGACAGGUUAUAUCGUAUGGGAGUUGCUUGAACGAGGCAGCGUAGACACAGUCACUCGGAACACCAAUCGAGCAAAGACGCUGAAGGCCUCCAUACUUGUCUUCCUAGCGCUGAUGUCCCUUUCGCCGGUCCUAAAGACCUUGACCGCUGCUACCUCUUCUGAUUCCAUUUGGGCAUUGUCAGCGUGCCUCUUUAUCCUGAACGCCUUGCUGGCGGACUACACUGCCAUUAGACCGCGCGGUCACAAACGUGAAAGGUUGACGUCAGUCCUCUCCAUGAAUGCUGCCAUAUCGUCGUCCGUUGUCCUUGCUUCUCGACUGUCGGACGAUCUCUCCGUGUUCGGGUUGAUCCUGUUUUCUGUGCAGUCAUUCGCACUCUUCCCGAUGCUUCGGCGCCGCAUGCAGGACGGCGCAAUAACCCUGCAAGUCAUCCUCACGACACUCAUUUCCGUGCUCUCGGUUAUCCUCACGUACCCCCUAUCAAGCACCGCAGCCUACAUCUAUAUCGCUUGCUUUAUCUUCGUGACACUCGUCGCGCCUGGCGUACUGGUUUGGGCGCAGAAAUACAAGAAUGAAAUCAGGGGCACUUGGGAUCCCGCGGUGCCUAAAGUCAAUCGACGGAUGUCUGUGACCCGCUGAAUCGCGACGUCCGCCGAUGGCCUCAUUGCGAACAGAAGAGAUGAAGCAGCAUCUGAGUGUCGCGCGCUAUCCCUUUGUCGCACAUGAUUUUGCGGAUGACGGGGGGCACGUUCGGGGGUCGAUGUCCGGGAUAGAACUGGUGCGGUGCUUCAUCACCAGAUGCGCUCGGUUCGCCCGUGGGCUCUCCCAGUGUGGAUGGAGACUAUCAGACCUGCAUCAUCGGUCUUGUGGUUCAGUCCCAACCGCCCUCUGCCGUUCCAUCCUCCGCACAACACCGAGUUUCUGGAACGAUGUUGGUAGCCGACGCUGGAAGUCUCACGGUACUUGAUUAACCGUUCCUCUACCCUGUCGGCUUCGUUCGAUCGUCUGCCGCUUUGCAUAUGAAGCCCGCGGAACUCUGUAGAACCCCCGGCGCGCACAUGCGGACUUUAUUUGGUGGACACGCAAGGACCGCCAUGUUCGCCACAUCUCGCGAACGGCUUGUUUGGCCUUCUCGCUGCGGCCUGCGGUCUCACGCCUCGCGCUGCUGCGUCUGCACAGCCCGCGCCCACGCAUUGACGUGCACGAGACAGUCGCCUAUCCGAAUAUCACGGCGUUACCCACCUCUUUCCCCCUACAGCCACGGCGGUCUUUCAUUUCGGCGACCUACAUGUAAUGUGCCCUUUUUCAGCUCGCACUCGGCCGAGGCGUAGCUUGAACCUUGUUUGGUUGGAAGGAGGAAUGCUUCUUUUGUGCCAAAAGCUUUGGUCGGAAUCGUGCGCCAAAUGCGCCUUCUGGUGGGAAACAUACGACGAUGGGGUAUCUUCUGCCUAUCUUCGGACGCAGUCAAGGAGCCCGUUCCGUACUUGCGAGGCGACCGUUCGACGCUUAUCGCUGGCCGUUCGCAGGGGUCUCGGACGACGGAGCGGGAGGGGGAUUGGCUUGGGACGAAAGCAUAGCGGCUAUAUAUACAUGCAAAGCAGGCAACACUAUAUUACAUGUAAUAUUAUCCUACAUGAAGUAUACCUAGAACAUGUUGUGAGCGAAUAAGUAACGGCGUGCUGUGUGCAUGGAGGGAGACAGUGGUGUGAAUGUGGGGCCAAAGCAAGAGAAGGGAUGGUGUAAGUAGCAGUCAGGCAGUCGAGUCGUCUACAGAGUCCCGAAGGCAGAGCUAGAGCUAGAGCUAGAUCGCAAAAUGCUGUUUCGAGAUGUUGGUACAUAUGAGUGUGGGAGGCCUCUACUUGAUUCAUAUUCAUAUUCGCGCUUCGAUCGUCCCCGUUCAGUCGUAUAAAUCUCCAGUCGUCGGUCGCGCGCGCAUACGCGUCGAGAUAGACAAUCCUGGACUCGGACGCGGCCGCGGCCGCAGCCUCAAAUCCGCAGAUCCCCGUCGCUGUCGUGCAGUCGCGGCCGCUUCGCAGGAUUCGCGACGCCGAUACCGCGCGCGGCGAGGGCCUCGACUGCGGCCUUUGCCGCGCCCUCGGACGUCUUCUUCGACCGGCCCCGGGUCCUGCGCAGGGCGCCGAACGCUUGCGCUUUGAUGACUGCGAGCGUGCCACAGAUCGGCGGCGGGCCGGGCGACGGCGAGCGCGACGUGCGGGAGACGGUGCUCGUGCGCGUGCGCGAGCGGGAGGAGUAGGUGUACGAGGAGGACUCGCCGUCGCUCUCGCGCUCGUGCGAGCCGUUGUCGGCGCGGGAGUACGGCGAGGGGGCCUGCACGGGGCGAUCGUUUGCUGAGGAAGACGAGGAGGAGGGAUUUGCGCGGGCGCUCAUGCGGAGAAUCGAGGUGACGUCCGCCGUGCCGCCGUGCAGGGUGAGCUCCGGCGCGUGUGGCCGGCGGUAGAACUCGGGCCUGUCCGCUAUGGACGUGCCCUCGGGGAAGGUGAACGCGUACGGGGCGGGGGCGGGGGCGAUCGAGGUCGAUGACGCGGACGACGGCGUUGAUGCGGCGGGGGAGAGAGAGCGGCUGGGGGCGAACAUAUAAGGGGAAGUUGUGAGCGGCGUGAGUGGAACCUUUUGGUCCUCGACCACGCCAUAGCGGGACGGAUAUGAGAUGUCCGAUGCCGUGAGCGUGGGUGACUCGACGAACGUAGGAGAGUGGGCGGCACUGUUACUGUCCAUCGAACCGGGGUCGCUGACCGCCGUGCCCGGAUGCGCCACCCAACCGCUGUCACGGUUGGAGGUGUCGAUAGGAUAUGACGGAUAUGGGUCGUACCGGGGCAUCCUCCCGUCAGCGUGCAUUGAUCGAGGUUCUGAGCCAUUGCCCGCGAUCGACACGUAUCCUAGGGCGGGCGAACGUUGGGGAUAUUCUUGUUGAUUGGGGUUGUGGUACGAGGCGCCGUUCAUGGAGCUGGAGGCGUGGUUGUUGGACGGGUAGCGCAUCGAGUCGUCGCCAUAGUUGCCGACAGGGCCUCCAGACAUGGACGCGGACAUGGUGACGGGCGGGGUGCGAGCGGGGGCAUAGGAGGACAUGGGGUAGUCGUCCUGGGGCUCGCGAUCGACCUUCUUUUGCUGCUCGUACAUCCUCAAGAGGCUCUCUUUGUGGUCGAGCUCGGUUUUGAGGCGCGCGUUCUCCUGGCGCAUCUCCUGGAGCUGGGACUCUGUGUGCCGACAUGACUCCUGGAGUUGGAGGACGACGCUCUCUAGGUUGGUGACUGUCUCCUCGAGCGUCGCGAUGUAGUUGGCGCGGCGGGCGCGAAAGGCGGCCUGGGCGUCGGCAUUUUUCUUCUUCCUGAGGGCGGCGUCGGAGACGCGAGAGGAGCCAUCGUCAGAGCCUGCUUUCGGGUCGGGGGACGGCGGCAUG